CAGAGGAGCCUGGCAUGAGAGACCGGACGUGACGUCAUUGAUAGGUACCGUCUAGCUUCCGCCCACCAGCCAGGCGAGCAGUGUGUAAAUCGCUCUUUGGAUUUUCUCACGCAGAAACAAUUUCUGGCUGUCUCCGGAGAUCGAACCGAGGCUUCUCUAAGAGUUCGUUGCUCACGUGCUUCUUUGCUCCAUCUUCUGCUUCCCCCCUUCUCAUCCCUAUUGUCCUCUCGUCCCCUCUUCAGUCUUUUUCUCUCUCUUCAGAUUGCCCGGUUUUCCCAAUGAGUGACGGGGAGUGUGACUUCUUCUGCUUCUUCCGCUGCUGCUGAGCGCGCUUCUUACGCGCCUCAGACAGACAGGAAGGCAGGGUGUCUCUGAACAGUUACACAAGCGGGUGGACGGGGGCAGGGAGAAACAGGGAAGUAGAUCUUCAAACGAGCCAUUUCAGCCAAUCGGGCCACUAGAAUCCGACAGGUAGGCGGGACGUCUACCUGUCCGGGUGAUUGAUUCAAUCGACUGGAUGUCUGUGGACAUGAACAGCCAGGCGUCAGACAGCAACGAAGACGACUUCGGGGUGAACUCUGAAGAAGAGGAGGAUGAUGGAGGAGAGGAGGAGGAGGACCAGGGUGACAUUGCAAACUACUAUGAUGGUGUAGCCAGCGACGUGGAGCAAGAGGGUGCCGUCUCCUUUGACCCAGAGGAAUACCAGUUCACCUGUAUGACCUACAAAGAGUGUCAGAUUGUGCUGACGGACGAGGUGAACCAUGUGGCUGUUGCACUAAAGGUAUUGCCAUCAGUAGCAAAACUGAUCCUGGUGCAUUUUCACUGGCAGGUUUCACAAAUACUGGACAGAUAUAAGUCCAACUCAUCCUUGCUGUUGUCGGAUGCUCUGGUCCAGCCCAGUAUCACCUGCAGAUCAGUCACUGCCCCUCAGUCCCUCCAGUGUGGCGUGUGUCUACAGGUCGUACGGAGAGACUCCCUGCUAGCUCUGCCUUGUCAGCACUCUUUCUGCAAAGCAUGCUGGGAGCAGCACUGCACUGUCCUGGUCAAAGAUGGCAUGGGAGUGGGUAUCUCGUGUAUGGCUCAGGACUGUCCCCUGCAGAUGCCAGAAGACUUUGUCUUGCCGCUGUUACCAGGAGAGGAGCUGAAGGACAAAUACAGACGCUACCUCUUCAGAGACUAUGUUGAGAGUCACUUCCAAUUGCAGUUGUGUCCGGGUGCAGACUGUCCCAUUGUCAUCAAAGUGCAGGAGCCUCGGGCGCGCAGGGUGCAGUGUAGCCGCUGUAGUGAAGUCUUCUGUUUUAAAUGCCGUCAGAUGUACCAUGCACCCACAGACUGUGCAACAAUCCGGAAAUGGCUAACCAAAUGUGCCGACGACUCAGAGACAGCCAACUACAUCAGUGCACACACUAAAGAUUGUCCAAAGUGCAAUAUCUGCAUUGAGAAAAAUGGAGGGUGCAAUCACAUGCAAUGCUCCAAAUGCAAACACGAUUUCUGCUGGAUGUGUCUUGGUGACUGGAAGACUCACGGCAGUGAUAACAUGAGCAGCUACAAAGAAAACCCGGAUAUAGUCAACCAGAGCCAGCAGGCUCAGGCCAGAGAGGCCCUUAAGAAAUAUCUCUUCUACUUUGAAAGGUGGGAGAAUCACAACAAGUCUCUGCAGUUGGAGGCUCAGACAUACCAGAGAAUCCAGGAAAAGAUCCAGGAGAGAGUGAUGAACAACCUGGGAACCUGGAUUGAUUGGCAGUACCUGCAUAAUGCUGCAAAGCUACUAGCUAAGUGUCGCUACACACUGCAGUAUACGUACCCCUAUGCCUAUUACAUGGAGUCUGGCCCACGCAAGAAACUGUUUGAGUACCAGCAGGCCCAGCUUGAAGCAGAGAUAGAAAACCUGUCAUGGAAGGUGGAGCGGGCCGACAGCUAUGAGAGGGGAGUGGUGGGAGGUGAGGGGGAGCUCAGCGCCAGUGACAGAGGGGACCUGGAGAAUCAGAUGCACAUUGCUGAGCAGAGACGACGCACACUGCUGAAGGAUUUCCACGACACCUGAAGCUCCAUCGUGACUGCGAAGCACCAGCAUCUCCCUCCUUACUUCCUUCCUGUAUUUGCUUCCAUGCCAUGACCAUCCCUUGGUGCACCCUCCUUUUGCUUCUCUGCACUCCCUCGUUUGCCUCGUUCUUUCUGUCUUCCCCUCCUCUGACUCCCAUAAUGCUGCAGGGUCACAGAAUGGCACGAUUGUAUCUGCCUUUCCUCUUCUCAUCCUCACCUCAUUUCCAUGUUUUGGCUUCAGAACAUCAAAUCCACUGUGGUUACACAUGUUGCAACUUUUUAGAUUUGAUCAUAAAGGUCAAUUUUGGGUUUUGUCAAAUGUCUGAAAACAGUGUUUAUUUUAUUUUACAUUAAGCAUUUAGACUUUGAUAUAAUCAGCUACAGCAACAUGUGUCCAUCAGACCUGUUAUUCUCCAACAUUAUUCGUGUAAUGCUGGACUAAUCCUUAGAGACAAAAGCACUAGGGGAGAUCAGACCACUAAGGAGGGAGAAGCCUUUGUCAUUAGGCAGGUGAGGAAGAUGUGGGUGAAGAAACUUAUUUUAAAGAGGGUGCUGGAUGUGUAUUUGGUGGUUUUCCAUAAGACCAUAAUGACCAGCAGGGGCUUGUUGGUAGUAGGUGGUAUCUGUGACACAUACUAGAUUUAUCUGAACACAUGCAAAGUUCACAACUUUCCAUAUAUUGUAAUUUCAGUUUCUUCACCUGGGCUGCAAGAGGUCAAUGGAAACAGUUCUCGAUGAACCAUUUCAAUGCCCUUGCUCUGCUUCAUUAUCAACCAGGACAGGUGCAAACUGACAUGCCAAUGAGCAUUUCUCAGUGGCAGAUUAUGGACACCUUUCAUGGUAAAAACACUUUUUUAUAUUCUGUCAUAGAUAUGAAUAUGGUGUGUUUGCUGUGAAAAAUGUGCAGGUUCCUUAAAAUACAGUAUUUUCCUACAUAUGAUGCAUGUUCAUGUACACAGGAUAUUAAAGAAUAAGAUGAAUGUGUGUUUAGAUGACAACCUUUUUAGAUUUUGUUGCCAGUGUUUCACAAUAAGCACACCUUCCCCCUUUGUUUGUUUGGGUUAGUGUCAAACCAGGAGGUGCUCCAGCCACUACUGCCACUAAAUAUUUACUAGUCUUUAUGGUCUAAAUGAAAUUACUGAAUUACUUCUCAUUCUUUUUUCUUUACGCUCUCAUAUGUGUUCAGCUAAUUUAGCCAAGUGUGAGCCUGACAUUAGCGUGUUCACCUUUAGUGAUCAGAUGAUAAAGUUGUUUUGAAGCAGCAAGUGUAAUCUCAGCCGUUCACGCACACUACGCCCACUGACAUAGCAUGUGCAUCUUAACAUUCAUGCUCAAACACUCCACUGCAGAAAAUAAACAUUAAUUGUUAAUUUGUCUCCAUACCCCAUCUUGUGCUCUCUUCCUUUUCUUUACAUUCAUCCCCUCACUUUAUUUUGCUUUUUAUUUUCUCUUAUGUUUCUGCUCACGUUGUUCACUUUUCUUUUGGAAAAUGGCUGAUGAUAGAUCAUUUAAAAAAAUGAGAAAAAGAAAAAAAUACAAAAAAAAUUGCUGUAAUUUUCAACGGUUGUACAUUAAUACGGAAAUAGAGUUACAGAGAGAGUUUUUAAAACCGGA